AUGUCACACAGUACUCCCAGCCUCACCUCUUUGAUCACUACCAUUGAGACCACAUCGCACUGUACUCCUAGCUUGACUUCUUCGAUCACUACAAGCGGGACCAUCUCACACAGUACUCCCAGCUUCACUUCUUUAAUCACCAUCACUGAAUCCACAUCCCACAGUACUACCAGUUUCCCUUCUUCAAUCACCACAACCAAGGCCACCUCACACAGUACUCCCAGCUUCACUUCUUCAAUUACCGCCACGGAGACCACCUCACACCAUACUCCUAGCUUCAAUUCUGUGAUUGCCACCUCCGAGACCAACUCACACAGUGCUCCUAGCUUCAGUUCUUUGAUUGCCAACACCGAGACCACCUCACACAGUACUCCCAGCUUCACUUCUCUGAUUGCCACCACUGAGACCACCUCACGGAGUACUCCCAGCUACACUUCUGCAAUCACCAUCACCGAGACCACCUCACACAGAACUCCCAGCUUCACUUCUUCAAUCGCCACUGAGUCCACAUCCCCCAGUACUGCCAUCUUCACUUCUUCCAUCACCACCACCGAGACCACCUCCAACAGUACUGCCAGCUUGACUUCUUCAAUGACCACCACUGAGACCACCUCACACAGUACUCCCAGCUUCACUUCUUUGAUCAUCACCACUGAGACAACAUCCCACAGUACCCCCAGCUUGACUUCUUUGAUCACCAGCACCGAGACCACAUCCCACAGUACUCCCAGCUUGACUUCUUUGAUCACCACCACUGAGACUACAUCACACAGUACUCCCAGCUUCACUUCUUCAAUCACCAUCACCGAGACCACCUCACACAGAACUCCCAGCUUCACUUCUUCAAUCGCCACUGAGUCCACAUCCCCCAGUACUGCCAUCUUCACUUCUUCCAUCACCACCACCGAGACCACCUCCAACAGUACUGCCAGCUUGACUUCUUCAAUGACCACCACUGAGACCACCUCACACAGUACUCCCAGCUUCACUUCUUUGAUCAUCACCACUGAGACAACAUCCCACAGUACCCCCAGCUUGACUUCUUUGAUCACCAGCACCGAGACCACAUCCCACAGUACUCCCAGCUUGACUUCUUUGAUCACCACCACUGAGACUACAUCACACAGUACUCCCAGCUUCACUUCUUCAAUUGCCACCACUGAGAGCACGUCACACAGUAAUCCCAGCUUCACUUCAUCAAUCACCAGUACCAAGAGCAUCUCACACAGUACUCCUAGCUUCAGUUCUUUGAUCACCACCACGGAGACAACCUCACAGAGUUCUUCCAGCUUAAGUUCUUUGAUCACCACCACCAAGUACACCCCAUACAAUCCUCCGAGCUUCACUUCUGCGAUCACCGCCACAGGGAUCACCUCACACAGUACUCCCAUUUUCACUUCUUCGAUCACCACCACUGAGACCACAUCCCACAAUACUUCCAGCUUGACUUCUUCAAUCCCCACCACAGAGACCGCAUCCCACAGUACUUCCAGCUUCUCUUCUUCAAUCACCAGCACUGAGACCACAUCCCACAGUACUCCCAGCUUGACUUCUUCAAUCACUGCAACCGGGACCACCUCACACAGUACUCCCAGCUUCACUUCUUUAAUCACCAUCACUGAGUCCACAUCCCACAGUACUACCAGCUUCACUUCUUCAAUCACCACCACUGAGACCACCUCACACAGUACACCCAGCUUCACUUCUUCGAUUGCCACCACUGAGAUCAUCUCACAUAGUACUCCCAGCUACACUUCUUCAAUCGCCACCACCGAGACACCCUCACACAGUACUCCCAGCUUCCCGUUUUCAAUCAUGACCACUGAGACCAUAUCACACAGUACUCCCAGCUUGAAUUCUGCGAUCAUCACCACUGAGAGCAUGUCACACAGUAUUCCAGGCUUCGCUUCUUUGAUCACCACCAGCGAGACCACCUCACACAGUCUUCCCAGCUUCACUUCCUCAAGCACCACCAUUAAGACCCCUUCACAUAGUCCUCCUGGCUUCUCUUCUUCGAUUGCCACCUCCAAGACCACCUCAACCAGUCCUCCCAGAUUCACCUCUGCGAUCACCACCACCGAGACCACCUCACACAGUACUCCCAGGUUCACUUCUGCGAUUGCCAGCACCAAAAUCACUUCACAGAGUACUCCCAGUUUGACUUCUCUGAUCACCACCACCGGGACCAGCUCGCACAGUACCCUGGGCUUAAGUUCUUCGAUUGCCACCACUGAGACAACCUCACACAGUACUGCCAGCUUCACUUCUUCGAUUGCCACCACCGAGACCACGUCACACAAUACUCCUGGCUUCACUUCUUCGACUGUCACCACCGAGACCAGCUCACAGAGUACUACCAGCUUCACUUCUUCAAUCACCACCACUGAGACCACCUCACACAGUACUGCCAGCAUCACUUCUUCGAUCACCACCACCGAGAUCAUUUCACGCAGUACUCCCAGCUACACUUCUUCUAUUGCCACCACUGAGACACCCUCACACAUUACUCCCAGCUUCACUUCUACGAUCACCACCACCGAGACCACCUCACACAGUACUCCCAUCUUGACUUCUGCCAUCACCACCACUGAGACCAGAUCGCACAGUCCUCCCAUCUUCACUUCUUCAAUCACCACCACAGAGACCACCUCACACGAUACUCCCAGCUUCACUUCUUCGAUCACCACCACUGAGACCACUACACGCAGUCUUCCAGGCUUCAGUUUUUCGAUCACCACCACCGAGACCACCUCACACAGUCCUCCCAGCUUCACUUCUUUAAUCACUACCACGGAAACCCCCUCACACAGUAAUCCCAGCUUCACUUCUUUCAUCACCACCACCGAGUCCACCUCACACAGUCUUCCAGGCUUCACUUCUGUGAUUGCCACCACAAAGACCACCUUACACAGUACCCCCAUCUUCACUUCUUCCAUCACCACCGCUGAGACCACCUCGCACAAUCCUCCAGGCUUCACUUUUUUGAUCCCCACCACUGAGACCAUCUCACACAGUCCUCCCAGCUUCACUUCUUCGAUCACUAUCAUUGAGACCCACUCACACAAGUACUCCCAGCUUCAGUUCUUUGAUGACCGCCACCGAGACCACAUCCCACAGUACUCCCAGCUUAACUUCUUUGAUCGCCACCAUCAAGCCUACCUCAAAGAAUCCUCCGACCUUCACUUCUGCGAUCGCCACCACAGGGAUCACCUCACGCAGUACUCCCAUUUUCACUUCUUCGAUCACAACCACCGAGAGCACCUCACAAAGUACUCCCAGCUUCACUUUUUCGAUCACCAGCACCGAGACCACAUCACACAUACUCCUGGCUUCUCUUCUUCAAUUGCCACCUCCAAGACCACCUCAACCAGUCCUCUCAGAUCCACCUUUGUGAUCGGCACCACCAAGACCACUUCAUACAGUACUCCCAGGUUCACUUCCGUGAUUGCCAGCACCAAGACCACCUCACACAGCACUCCCAGUUUGACUUCUCUGAUCACCACCACCGGGACCAGCGCACACAGUACCCUCGGCUUAAGUUCUUCAAUCGCCACCACCGAGACAACCUCACACAGUACUGCCAGCUUCACUUCUUCGAUUGCCACCACUGAGACCAUGUCACAGAAUACUCCUGGCUUCACUUCUUCAAUUGCCACCACCGAGAUCACCUCACAUAGUACUCCCAGCUUCACUUCUUCAAUCACCACCAUGGAGACAACCUCACAGAGUGCUCCCAGCUUCACUUCUUUGAUCACCAUCACUGGGUCGACAUCCCACACUACUGCCAGCUUCACUUCUUCAAUCACCACCACUGAGACCACCUCAUACAGUACUCCCAGCAUCACUUCUUCAAUCACCACCACCGAGAGGACAUCCCACAGCACUCCCAGCUACACUUCUUCGAUCGCCACCAGUGAGACACCCUCACACACUGUUCCCAGCUUCACUUCUUCGAUCACCACCACCGAGAGCACAUCCCACAGUAAUCCCAGCUUGACUUCUGCCAUCACCACCACUGAGACCAGGUCACACAGUCCUCCCAUCUUCACUUCUUCGAUCACCACCAUAGAGACCACCUCACACAGUACUCCCAGCUUCACUUCGUCGAUGACCACCACCGAGACCCCCUCACUCAGUCCUCCAGCCUUCACUUUUUCGAUCUCCACCACCAAGACCAACUCACACAGUCCUCCCAGCUUCACUUCUUCAAUCACUACCACCGAAACCCCCUCACACAGUCCUCCCAGCUUCACUUCUUUGAUCACCACCACGGAGUCCACCUCACACAGUCCUCUGAGCUUCACUUCUGUGAUCACCACCACAGAGAGCACCUCACACAGUACUCCCAUCUUCACUUCUUCGAUUGCCACCGCUGAGACGACCUCACACACUCCUCCCAGCUUCACUUCUUUGAUCACUACCACCGAGACCCCCUCACACAGUAAUCCCAGCUUCACUUCUUUGAUCACCACCACUGAGUCCACCUCACACAGUCCUCCAAGCUUCACUUCUGCGAUCGCCACCACAGGGAUCACCUCACACAGUACUCCCAUUUUCACUUCUUUGAUCGCCACCACCGAGAGCACCUCACACAGUACUCCCAGCUUUACUUUAUCGAUCACCAGCACUGAGACCAUCUCACACAGUACUCCCAGCUUCACUUCUUCGAUCACCACCACCAAGACCACAUCCCACAGUACUCCCAGCUUAACUUCUUUGAUCACCACCACCAAGUCCACCCCACACAAUGCUUCAAGCUUCACUUCUUCCUCCAAGAUCCACUUCUGCGAUCGCCACCACAGGGAUCACCUCGCACAGUACUCCCAUUUUAACUUCUUCGAUCGCCACCACCGAGAGCACCUCACAAAGUACUCCCAGCUUCACUUUUUCGACCACCAGCACUGA